GAAAGCGGGCCGAUGGCGUCCGGGUGGGGCAUCAACGGGAACAAGGGGCGGUGCUACGACUUCUGGCUGGACUUCAGCUCCUGCAUGAGCCGCUGCCGCCAGCCCUCCGACUGCGUCCUCCUCCGCGAGGACUACCUCGAGUGCCUCCACCACUCCAAGGAGUUCCAGCGUAGGAACAGGAUCUACAAGGAGGAGCAACGCCAGAUUAGAGCUGCUGCUCGCAAGGCCAAGGAGGAAGCCGAAGGAGCUCCUGCUGUUGCAGCUCAUCACUAGCAUCAGUUUAUACUUUUUCCUGUGCUUGUGUUUGCUGCAAGCACUUGCAUGUUUGGCUAUGACGCUAUGAGCAAGGAAAUAAUAAUUCCCUAAACAUUCUACCUUCCCACCCCAUGACUUGUUCUAAAAUCAUGAGUUUGUCCAUGUUUGAGAUAUUAGGCGAUGAUAAACGCUUGAUUCAAUCACGAAACAAUAUGUGUGUGCAUGUCUGCA